AUGUAUCUCAUUAAUGUCCUCAACAACCCCUUUGUCCUGAUUUAUCUCAUCAACCCCUUUAUCCUGAUGUCUCUCAUUAAUGUCCUCAUCAACCCCUUUGUCCUGAUGUAUCUCAUUAAUGUCCUCAUCAACCCCUUUAUCCUGAUGUAUCUCAUCAACCCCUUUGUCCUGAUGUAUCUCAUUAAUGUCCUCAUCAACCCCUUUAUCCUGAUGUAUCUCAUCAACCCCUUUUUCCUGAUGUAUCUCAUUAAUGUCCUCAUCAACCCCUUUAUCGUGAUUUAUCUCAUCAACCCCUUUGUCCUGAUGUAUCUCAUUAAUGUCCUCAUCAACCCCUUUAUCCUGAUGUAUCUCAUUAAUGUCCUCAUCAACCCCUUUGUCCUGAUGUAUCUCAUUAAUAUCCUCAUCAACCCCUUUGUCCUGAUAUAUCUCAUUAAUGUCCUCAUCAACCCCUUUAUCCUGAUGUAUCUCAUUAAUGUCCUCAUCAACCCCUUUAUCCUGAUAUAUCUCAGUAAUGUCCUCAUCAACCCCUUUAUCCUGCUGUAUCUCAUUAAUGUCCUCAUCAACCCCUUUAUCCUGAUAUAUCUCAUUAAUGUCCUCAUCAACCCCUUUGUCCUGAUGUAUCUCAUUAAUGUCCUCAUCAACCCCUUUAUCCUGAUGUAUCUCAUCAACCCCUUUAUCCUGAUGUAUCUCAUUAAUGUCUUCAUCAACCCCUUUAUCCUGAUAUAUCUCAUUAAUGUCCUCAUCAACCCCUUUAUCCUGAUGUAUCUCAUUAAUGUCCUCAUCAACCCCUUUAUCCUGAUGUAUCUCAUCAACCCCUUUAUCCUGAUGUAUCUCAUUAAUGUCCUCAUCAACCCCUUUGUCCUGAUAUAUCUCAUUAAUGUCCUCAUCAACCCCUUUAUCCUGAUGUAUCUCAUUAAUGUCCUCAUCAACCCCUUUAUCCUGAUUUAUCUCAUCAACCCCUUUGUCCUGAUGUAUCUCAUUAAUGUCCUCAUCAACCCCUUUAUCCUGAUGUAUCUCAUUAAUGUCCUCAUCAACCCCUUUGUCCUGAUAUAUCUCAUUAAUGUCCUCAUCAACCCCUUUAUCCUGCUGUUGAUGUGCUGUGUAUUUUCCUAA